UUUUUAAUCUAGUCGGAUAAACACUCCAAACAGCAUACCCGACGCUCGGAGGCGCCCGCAUGGUCCUUAAGGACACCGUUGCCUCAUUUUGUAUCACAUUCCAAUGAUAAAACUGUGGGGCUGGUGGACAAAAAUGCCAUUUCAGAAUGUGGGGUGGACAUGUCCCCCCCCGUCCCCAGUGAAAGUUGCACCCCUGAAUGUUAUGCCACAUUACCAACAACAGCUCCUUAAUUUGGUAAUUACAGCAACCCAACAAACAAUUAAGGGGUCAUUUCAUUUCGAUGCAGAAAAACGUCAAGAGCUGACAACAAAUCAAUCAUAUCACUCAGCAUUGGUUUGAAAGCAUAAAUAAGCGCCCAACAUUAGCCUCUGCUGUCCAAGUGACUCUUAAUAUUCUGCCAAAGAUACAAAAUGGGUCAGAAAACUAGAAGUAUGUGGCUCAUGGACCAGUGUUAUGAAAUUAUUGUUUUUACUACAUCAUGACACUUUUUGGCAGUUGUGUUUUUCACCAUCCAUUAACCUGGAGCCUGAGAGUAAUUGUUCAUAAUCAUUAAGAGGAGUUUAGUGAGGCGUGCAAAUACAUCAUGAAAACUAUAACAUGUGUUAACAACUAGUGACGAGUGAGCCAUACUGUGUGUUGGUGGUUUUGGACUAUUUAAGACCUCUGUUGAACUGAGAGGGGGAAAUAUCAUCAUUAGUGUAUUGAAGCUAAUGAAUAUGUUAAUAUGUUCUGCAUGUAUCACAGUGCUCUGAGAUGAUUUGUCGAGUAGCAACAGUUUAACUAUCACCUCACACUCACAUUACCUCUUUCUCUCUCUCACACACACACACUGUGGCCCCCAGCUUCAAGGCACACACACCCACACACACUGUGGCCGCCGACUUCAAGGCAAAGCCUAGAUGCCGUAAAUGACUCCAAGCAAACAACGUGUGAUGGGGGACAAAUUACAAAAUGCUUCCCUUUUCUUCAAGGCAACGCUUCAAGGCUCUCUCUCCUUCUCUUUCAGCGACACUCUUCUGGGCACUGUCUCCAUCACCCUAUUGCACAGCGAGGUGUCGCGACCCCGUGGUGACCUGCUCCUGACUAGCCAACGUUACGCCGCGGGACUCCGGGGGCCCAGGGCCAAAGAGCCAAGCCAACAGUGUGAAAGGGGCCGCCAAUAUACUAAUGGGGUGGGGUUGAUUCCUGGGAGAUGAGAGGAAGAGGCUGUCCCCGCCUCUUCACACGAUCGUUGGGCUGUGACUUGGAGUGAAAAGGGUCUGGACAGCUUAUACGAGCCACUAGGCCCUCUUCGGCCGUCCCCUCACCUUGAAAAUUCAAUAGGAUGCAGAUGCCCCCCGAAACCCCCCACCCUAUAUGUUCGUGUCGGAGAUGAAAGUGGGAAGCGAGGGGGAGAAAGGAGGUGGCGGGGGGGUUCUUGCACUAAUGUAGUACAUUGGGCUUCACUUACAGACACUGCCAAGUUCUUUUGUCAAGCUUAAAGGCCUGCUAGGUCCUUUGAACCCCUGGCUCACCGCCCUCGGAUAGCUUUUUCCACCCCACCUUUUUUCCCCUACCGUCAAUGAGAUAUUCUCCACAUUCCUGAUGACCGUCUGGACACAGUCUCAGAAACAUCUACUGGUAGUGGUGAUGGUGGAAAGCCGCAAGGCUUUUUGUAGCAAAUUCUCAUUCGCGGCUGUGGGGUUUAAACCAAGACCUUAAGCUUACCUGCUUGUUCUUUUCUUCACUCAGUCAGUUCAGUAGCUGUGGGUAACCUAAUCCUAACUCUUGAGUUGCUGGCUUGACUGCCCACCUCCCCUUCCUCAGAGGGAUUGAGACAGCUCCCCAUUCAUAAAGCUCAACUCUAGUCAUUGUCAACCAGUAGGCCCAACCUUCCAACCAAUACAAUUCUCAAUGGUUAGUCACAAUUCUGACCAAACUUCAUAGCCCCUUUGUGUAAAUGCUAAAUGGACUUUCCAAGAAUAAAUCUGACAUAAGUCGUAGUUUGUGUGGCUUAAUGUGACUGAUUAGAGUCAACGGUCAAUGUAUCCUCCCUCCUAAAAUAAACGAUGGAAUGGAAAAGUUACUCCAUGUGCCAUACAUAUCUGCUGUAACGUGGUUCUACCGUGGAAAUGUGCAGGUAAACAGUGUGCUUCUGUUGAAGCUUGCCACAAGUGUCACACAGGUGAGCACAUCAAAGACACAGCUCUGUUCACUCUGUGCCAUAGCUCUUCAUUCAUACUUUCAAGGCAUUGUCACAAGCCUGUGCUUUAAAGGUGAUGAGUGACUACUCAAUGCUGGCUCCUUUGUGCAGUUUCGUAAUUAUUGUUUAUUAUGCCUGUGGUUUUAGUCACUUUUCAACCAGCUUCAUAUUGGACUGCCAGCCAAUGCUUCAAACAUAGUAUUUUGUUGAUUAUAACUUACUUUGGAUGUACACGAAAUGGAAGCCCCAGGUCAAUCUAAUCAUCAGAUGUGCACACAUUGUGUGUUUAUUUAACGGUUCCUAUCAUAAAUUAUUAUAUUUUGUGCAAUUAGGGUUUUUGAACUUCGUCAAUGGAGGACAUCGUUUAUUAUUGUAGUUUUGAAAUCGGAUAAUACACAUGCAUUGUACAUAGGUACAGAAUUGCAUAACAUUUGUUGCAAUAGCCUAUUUUGGAAUUAUACUGAUUCACACAGUCACCCUUAUUCUUACAAGCUAUUCAAAGUGCAAUCCACUAUAGUUUCAAUUGAUACCACUAACUCUAUAGGGAAAUGUUAAACCCAAUGAGGAUGGAAUGCUGUAGUUCCCGUUGUAAUAGGACAAUAAAUGAGAAUCACACAAUGGUCCUAAGUGGCGGGAGGGAUGUGGGGUCGUUCCACUGCGAGUUCAGAGGGCCUCGUAAACACAUUCACACCUCUCUUUCAUUUAAAUGCGGGAUAAGUUAUAGCACAUUAUUGAAAAAUCGAGUUCCACAACAACCUGCAUUUCAAUGCUGUCUGGGAGAGCUAAGCCCAAUCCACAAACGACGCGGCCUCCAAUAUAACCACAAAACAAGGGAAGCCGAAAAGUGUAAUUGUGUUCUGAAAAUACGACUCACACACUCUUUCUCAACUCUAGACAAAGGUAAUACAACAAAACAUCAGCAAAUAUAUAUCUAAUAGCAAUAAAUAUAAUAAACUAAUUAGUGAUGGUUACGCCGUUAAUAAUAAUGGAAAAUAAUAUGGGGGAAAAACUGAUUUAUGAAUAAAACAAAAUGUGAUUCAAAAAUGUUCUUUAGAAAUCCUGUAGGUCUAUUCUCCUUAGUAGGGCCGGCAUGUAGGCUAGCGAUUGAAUUGGGCCAGUAACCAACCAAAAGUUCGCUGGUUCGAAUCACUGAACCGACUAGGUGAAAAAUCUCUCGCUGUGCCCCUGAGCAAUGUACUUAAAUCGCUCUGGAUAAGAGCGCCUGCUAAAUGACUAAAAUGUAAAGUAGCCUAGGCUAUUUUUGUGACCUUGAAAUAGGCCUAAACCUGCAUUUAACGAAAUAUCCCUUAUCGAAUUGCUCCAAAUAAAAUGUAUAUACAGAAGUUUCUAAAAUGUUGAAAACAAGUCAUCAAUUCGUUAGUCCGUCCUUGUAGCCUACCAACUCCCUCACAAGCACCAUCAUUUAUGACUAGAGGAAAACAUUCUCCAAACUGAUGGUCUCUCAAAAAUUACCCUAUCAGGUGCACACCGCUGACAAGUUUCCACCCACCAAUGAAAAAAAACCUCACUGUGCCCAAAUCCAUAGCCGCAGACACUCUACUGACAAGCAUUACACCAUCGCCCCUGCUACGAAGGUCUUCCGCUGCGUUUGAUUCAGAUGUCAUAUUUAUACUCUCUGGAUAUCACUGAAGUUUUAUCACAACGUGAGGUAUACCCCAUAACUUUUUUAAAUGUUCCUAUUCAAUUUUACGCACUUAUCCCCUUUUGCCCCUUUCCCACUGUGGAGUCGGAAGAUUAACAUGAUCCAUGCAAAGUGUAGAUAUCCCCAGGUACGCACGGAAUUGAAAUACAUCUGAUCUUUGGAGCAGCACCUUUGGGAGCAAAAGGGGUGCGCGCAAUGGAUUUUUAAACAAGGGGAAAUAUACUAAGCAAUGGUUGCAAAUUGAAUAUUUCCGCGCCCAGCAAGAUACCACUGUCUACACAGCCCGUGAGAGCGGAGCGAGGAGAUUUGGAGGGGGACAAGAAACAAUAGGCUAUAUUUUUUCCUCUGGAUCAUUUUUUUUUUUUUACAAGGAAGCACCUAAUGUUGCAUUCCGUGACAUUGUUGCACUCCAGUUAUUUAUCAUUACACUGGGAUUCAAAGGCACCUCCGGAAUUGUUCGCGUAGUUUAAGGACGCUGGCGGGUCUAUCCUCUACUUCUCCCGGGGCUUUAAAACUGUGGAAACAGGUGUAUUUCAGCCAGUCAAGAUGUCUCUUCUGCCUUCGAGGUUCAUAUACCUGUGUUUACAUUUUCUGGUCCUCUAUUUCCAGCUCCAGGAAUCACAACAGAGCUCAGCUGAUUUUAGGAUCUAUAUCGAGAACCACACGCGGAACCCGGACGACCUGAGCCGGAAGCAGAUCCGCAUCUACCAAUUGUACAGCCGCACCACGGGCAAGCACGUCCAGAUCCUGGGCAAGAAGGUCAACGCCAACGGAGACGAUGGGGGCAAGUACGCUCUUCUUAUUGUUGAGACGGAAACCUUUGGGAGCCAUAUUCGAAUAAAAGGGAAGGAGAGUGGGCAUUACAUCUGUAUGAACAAGAAUGGCAAAAUAGUUGGAAAGCUCAAUGGAAGGAACCAGGAGUGCGUCUUCGUGGAAGAAUUCUUGGAGAACAACUACACAGCUCUCGUGUCAGCCAAGUACAAAGGCUGGUACCUGGGCUUCAACAGGAAGGGGAGGCCCAAAAAAGGAUCGCGGACCACACAAACACAACAGGAAGUGCAUUUCAUGAAACGCCACCCAAAGGGUAAGGUGGACCCACUGGAAGAGUUUCGUUUCACUACAGUAACUAAGCGGACACGAAGGGCACGUCGCCUAAAACACAACCCCAAAACAAACUGAUUGUCCAAUGGACAGCACACGCACUGUUGUUUCAAAGGACAUGUAAAGCUUGUUGCCUUAAAACCCCUUAAAGACUUAUGUAAAAAGAACGACGACAAAAAAGAAAAAAAAAUUCAAAGAGGUUUUAUUUUUAUAUUUCAGGAACAUUGAACAUCUCCCAACUGUUGGAUGUUGCUGGGUAAUUGUUCUAAUGUGUCUGUUAUUUUAUUUAUACUGGAUAAACUAAGGACGACAAAGGACCCUUAUCGCCUCCAUCUUCUGCUCCUUUGAAUUGCAAACUGAAGGCAUCCUUCUGACAAUGAGGGUGGAAGCAUGAGUUUAUAAAUGUUAUAAAAAUCAUCCACUAGAUUUUAUUGGAAUACCUGUCAGUUUUGUUUGUGUUACCCCAGACAACAUGGAUCCCAUAUUUUCCACUGGAAUCGGGACGCCAUGGAGACGAAAUGGAGAGAGGUGACAAUGGCAGGUGAAACAGUUUACCUAGAUAACUGCGUAGCUUUGAGUGCAACAUCUGACAGUGCCCCCUCUCUCUCCCUCUGCUCCCCCUCUGUUGAUACCUUCUGACUCGUGGCCUACUCUGGAUGGAAUGCGCUGAACAUGUUAUGCACGGAGUGAUUUCCUUGACAUUUUGGUGUGCAACCUAUGAUUCAGCCGAACACAACAUGCUUUGACUAGCCAGACAUCAGACAGACGGGGUUGUAGUUUUAUCCUGAGUUGAUGUGGCUCAGAAGUUAACUGAGACAGAAACGCUGACACUGUUACAAUGGGAAAUGUAAUAUCCCACCUUUUGCCUUACUUUCCUUAGUGUGGUAGAAUGGUUGAAAAAGACUAAUGAAUACUGGACAGCUUCUCAAACAUUGCCGUACAAGUAUAUGAGGUUAUCUUAUAUACAUAUAUUUUGACACAGAGCAAGCUAUCUGGUAUUAUUACCAUCUGCAUCCACCAAUUUACCCUGCUUUUCAUAGGCCUACAACCAAAAGGUGGAUUGUAUCACUGGUUGUUCAUGGUGCACCCAAGCACCCAUGUUCAAAGAGACAUCCCAAAAACUCUUCAUCUCUAACAUUGUGUUCAAUCAAGCCAGUUAUAUUGUCGAGAGCACUGAAUUGUUAUAAUGCGUACUAGGAAAGGUAUAUAUUCAUCCUACCCACCCACUAUCUCCAUAUUGUAAGACCUAACUCUUAAACCCUGAAAACCAUACAACGAGAAAUAUGCUUCUUUUUGAUUCGGGGAACAGGUCGCGGCCAUCACUAGACCUGGCAACCAGAGGAGUUGUGAUCCCUACAGAACAAUGUUGACCAUUUUACCAGUUACAACAAAGUUCAGCCUCUAUUCCUGGGUACAGCUGUAGUAGCCUAUAUAUUUGUCUACCACCUGACAGGUUUUGUAUGAGAUGCUACUAACAACAUGACACAUUUAUGAAUUUUGAAAAUGUAUGCAAAAAUAAUUUUAUGACUAUUAUAAGAUAUUUAUUGCCUUUCUUUGUAAAUACAAUGUGAUGAAUUUAUUUGGCCUCUGUUAAUAAAAUGAGGACUAUAUUUAAAAAA